AUGAGCCAAGAAUAUCCCGACUCACAAAAUGAAAAUCGUGAUGGUAAUUGCAAUGACAGCAAUAGGAACACUGAUGGUUAUAAUUCAAGUGGUAACGUUUGUAACAUUGGCUUCUUGUCAUCUGCAAAUGAUGACAGUGAUGCAAAAGCAAAAGUUAGUGGCUCGCAAGGUGGUGCAGCAAAUAAAACAGCUAACGACAAUGAUUUCGUCGAGUCUAUUACAAGUGUAACAUUUGUUAAUUCAACAAUUCGUGGUGGUUUUAAUAGAAGUGGCAUUGGAGUUCGAGGUCAUCAAGUCAUACGUAGAAGACAAAUCAAUUCAGAUGUUCAUGAUAGUCGUGGUGAUGGCAGCGAUGGCAGUGGUGGAAGCCGUGGAGGUUUCAGUUUUGGCAGCAACCGUCGUGGGUUUGAUUCACGAAGCAAUAGCGCUCGUGGCGGAUUAAACUCAAGCGGUGGCGAUUGUAACACUAAUAUUGUGUCGUCGACGAAAGAUGACACGUCAUCCAAACCUGUAAGAUUAUGUAAUUCGAGAAAUCAACAUGAAGAUCAUUACAGUGAUGCAAAAGCAAGUUUUAGGGGUUUGCAAGGUUGUACAGCAAGUAAAACAGCUAAUGAUAAUGAUUUCGAUGAGUGUAGUACAAGUACAACAUUGAUUAAUUCAACAACCCGUGGUGGUUUUAAUAGAAGUGGCAUUGGAUUUCGAGGUCGUGGAUGCCGACACAUAGGACGAUUCAGUUCAGGUACUAGUGGUAAGAUAUUUUUAACGAAAUAUGAAAAACUUGAUUGUCUUUGCCCUGUAGAUAAUCGUGGGGGUCGCGGCGGCGACUGCAAUUGUUACAUUUGUCAUAAACCUGGUCAUCAAUUUCGUGAUUGUCCUGAAAAAAGAAAAACUCGUGCUGGUGGUCGUACUGAUGCUCAACCUACUGAACGCUGUGUUUCACCACCUCCGUCGACAACUGAACAUGGUAUAUUUGGUGAAGCAGUUACAAAGGAUGAACACUUUGGAAAAUACCAUCAAACACAAGUUCGUUGUACACCAUUAAACAAAGUAAAGCCAAUUGACUUAUAUGAAGAAGCUAAUCUUGGUACACAAGUUUUAUCAAAUAUUCGUCUUGCUCAUUUUAAAGAACCAACAGCUAUUCAACGCUAUACAAUACCUUGCAUACGACAACAAGAUGAUAUGAUGGCUUGCGCUCAAGCAGGAUCUGGUUCUGCUAUUGCUGAUAAUGAUAUUUAUGCUGUAUCGCAUAGUCCUGGAGAAGGUUGUCAUAUUCUAUCCACUACGCCCACUCAUCUUAAGAAUAUGGUUGAAAGAGGCCGACUUUCGUUAAAAAAAGUUAAAUAUUUUGUUCUUGAUGAAGCAGAUCGAAUGUUAGACAUAGAAUUUCAACAUGACAUACGGAACUUAGAAGAUCUUGGUUUACCACCAAAAGAUGGACGUUUUUCAUCAAUGUUUUCUGCAACAGUUCCUAAUGAACUACAACAAUUAGCCAAACAUUUUCUACGUGACCACUAUAUAUUUCUUGCUGUUGAUGCAAUUGAUGGUGCUAAUAAAGACAUCGCACAAACAAUUGAAGAAGUACCAAAAUCAAAGAAAGCAGAUCGUCUUUUUCAAUUACUCGAACAAAAUCUUAAGUUCGAGCGUUGUUUAAUAUUUGUUGAAACAAAACGAUCAGCCGAUUUUAUAAGUUCAUUACUUUCACAAAAAAAAUUGAUGGCUACAGUGAUGCAUGGUAAACGAACACAGCAGCAACAAAAUGAAGCUGUGCAACAAUUUACAAGUGGAAAGUGUCCAAUACUUGUUGCAACAUCAAUUGCGGCUCGACGUUCAGAUCUUCCUUUAAUAGAUUAUGUUAUUAAUUACGACUUACCGAAUAAUAUUGAUUUUUAUAUUCAGCGCAUUAGUCGAGCAGGUCGUGCUGAUUAUUUAGGUAAAUCAAUAUCAUUUUUCGAUCCAGAACAAGAUUCUGAUCGAAAGCUUGUACCUGGACUGAUAUUAAAAUUAAGCGAAGUUGGUCAAACUAUACCUGAAUUUCUUAAAAGAUAUGCUCAUGGUGGCAAUGUUGCGUUUUACAAAGAUGAUCAUGGUUCACAAAUUACUGAUGUGAGGCUUAUUUCAUUGUAG